AUGCCUCACUUUACCACUGACACAGAUUGCAACCUAUCUAAUCCCAAAUCUUCCUCUUCUCUAUCUCCUUACUAUUCGGCCUGGGUUGAGAAACUAGGGAAUUUGCUAAGGUUGGGGGAGAAUUAUGAUGAAUGUGGAUACGGGCUGCAGCGAUUAAGAUAUUUAAUCAUUGGAGACGAAGCUUAUUCUCACCUGACUACCUCAUCCACUGUUCUCGCUUCGCUUCGUGAUUUGAAGGAGAUAGGGGUAGUUGCGAAAGAAGAAACACUACCUCUCUGGCCGGAAAAUGAAGUCAUUUUAUUCUCAGAUAAGAAGACGAGACCGAAGAGGGGGAAAUACGAUAAAAUUGAGGGCCCAUUCAUCAAUUAUUCUCAUGUCCGUCGGCGCUUCAAAGGUGUGCUCUUGGGUAAUUCAGAAGGAUCGUUUGUAAGGGAGGAGAAAAGGGACCCAUUUGCGGUUGGCUGGUGA